AUGAGUGGAAAAUCAGUUUUAGCUUUAGAACCAUUAAUUGUUUCUGAAUCAACUGAACGCCCGAAUAUUACUGAAAAUGGAUUUGAUUUCAUCCAUUUUCGAAAUAUUCAUUCACAUGAUCCAGAAUUGGUAUUGGAUAUUCUUGGGGAGGUAAAAACUGAAAAUAUUACCAUAGAUUGUGUUGAAAUGAAGCAUGGCAAAGCUAAGAAGUGUGACAUAACAUUGGCUGAUGCAGAUGGCACACAAGUAAUUUGCGUAUUGUGGGAAUCAUAUGCCGAUGAACUCAAAAUAUUCAUGGAAAGCAGAUCAAGCGAGGAUAAAGAACCAGUAAUGAUAGCUUUACAAUUUGCUAUGUUAUCAACAUUCAGAGGUGUAACCAAAGUUUCCACAAUGAAGCACGCAACCAGAUUUUUUAUCAGCCCUGAUAUUCAAGAAGUUAAAGAUUUUAUAUUAAGGCGCGGUCUUACGAAAGAUUCCAACAAUAACACAGUAGCUAAUAUUUCCAACGUUAGCCGAGAAGUAAAAAGUGAAGAAUGGUUGAAACCUGCUUUAGUGAAAACAAUUAAAGAGAUGAAAAACUCUGAGAGUGGAAACUAUAUCUGCAAGGGCACAAUAAUUGACUUUCACCCUGAAGAAUCAUGGUAUUAUGAGUCAUGUGGAAAUGACAAAUGCUACAAAGGUGUUCCUAAAGGAAGCAAAAUCGGAGAUUAUUGCAAAAAAUGCAAAAAGCCGAUUGGAUCUAUAAAUAUAAGACAAAUAGUAGGAAUGACACGCCUGAAUUACUUGGCACCAUGUUGGAAAGAAAGUGUAUCUUUAAAGUCGAGGUAGCUAUGAGGUUUGGAGAUCGCGC